UAAAAAAAAAAAUCACCAUCAAAGAAAAUUCCAAUUUUCUCGGAUUUCAUCUGUUUUUACAAAUCCCUAAAACCCUAAUCCCUCUCUCUUCAGUCACCUACUCAACAAGCUCCUCUGUUUCUGGCCUUAUGUGUUGUGGCUGAUAUCAUUUCAGACAGUGCUUUUGAUGACUCUGCCAACUACAACAACAACAGCAGCAGCUGCUGCAGACAAAGCUUAAACGAAGCUGUAUCUACUGACUUUGAUGGUGAAAUAUCAAAAACCCUAAAUUACAAACUUUUUUAAUUAUCUUUUUUUUUUUGUUUUUUUGGGUUUUUCCUCUGAGGGUUUUCAUCAUCAAUGCUUACAGCAAAGUACAGUGGGUAAACCAGAACCAAAAAAAAACCAAAAAAAAAACCCAGUUUUUUCUCUCCUUUAAAUCCUCAAGCCAAAAAACCCUAAAGUUUCGAUUUUUAAAAUUUGGGGGAAAAGAAAAAACCCUAAAGUUAAGAUUUUUAGAAAAAAGGUUAGUAGUGAUGAGAUUGUUUGUGUGGAGAUGUUUCCGAAGCUGGGAGAUGAUGAUGAAAUGAUUGGAGAUCUAAUGAAGAAUAAUAACAAUGGCGACGUGGUUGAUAACAACAACAACGGAAACCGGUUAAGCCGGUGGCAUCACAAUUCUUCCCGGAUAAUUAGGGUUUCUCGAGCUUCCGGUGGUAAAGAUCGGCACAGCAAAGUCUUGACUUCCAAAGGUCCACGUGACCGGCGUGUCCGGUUAUCAGUCUCCACCGCUCUUCAGUUCUACGACCUUCAAGAUCGGUUAGGCUACGAUCAACCGAGCAAAGCUGUCGAGUGGUUAAUCAAAGCUGCUGAAGAUUCCAUCUCCGAGCUUCCUUCACUCAACAACGCUAAUUUCCCGACCGAUGAUGACGACAGUCAGAACCAGACAUUAUCAAGGUCGGUUGCUGCUGCGAAUUCCUUGUCUAAAUCUGCUUGUAGUAGCAAUUCAGACACGAGCAAGAACUCAUCUGGUUUGUCUCUGUCGAGAUCGGAGCUAAGGGAUAAAGCUAGAGAGAGAGCUAGAGAGAGAACUGCUAAAGAGACGAAAGAGAGAGAUCAUCAAAGCCACACUUCGUUUACCGAUUUGUUAAAUUCCGGUUCAGAUCCGGUUAACUCAAACCGGCAAUGGAUGGCUCAAGCUCCUGCUCCGGCUCCUUCUUCAUCUCCGAUGGAGUAUUUUAGUUCCGGUUUAAUUCUCGGGUCGGGUCAACAAACCCAUUUCCCGAUUUCAACAAAUUCUCAUCCUUUCUCGUCAAUCUCCGAUCAUCAUCACCAUCACCAUCCUCAUCAAGAGUUUUCAUUCGUUCCCGAGCAUUUGAUAUCUCCGGCAGGAUCUAACGGCGGAGCGUUCAAUCUAGAUUUCAACAUGUCGACAUCCUCCGGCGCCGGAGCUGCCGUAUCCGCCGUAUCAGGAGGUGGGUUCAGUGGUUUCAACAGGGGGACCCUUCAGUCCAAUUCAACAAGUAACCAUCAUCAGUCAUUUCUCGCAAAUCUACAUAGGUUUCCAACAGCAUCAGAAGGUGGUGGAGGAGGAGGAGGAGGUCCACAGUUCUUGUUCGGUGCACUGCCUGCAGAGAACCACCACCACCACCACCAACACAACCACCAGUUUCAGCUUUACUAUGAAAAUGGAUGCAGGAACUCAUCAGACCAUAAGGGUAAAGGCAAGAACUGAUGCUGCUUGCAUCUUUCGUCAUUUUGUAUGUUUUGUUUUUUUUUGGUUUAAAUCAAGCAAAUCAAAUGUCGAUUUAAUAUCGUUAAUGUGUGUUAAAUUUGUUUUAGGGUUUUGUUUCUUGUUUUUGAGGGUCUUUCGAAAUCAUUUGGGUUUUGUAAUGUUGUAUUUGUGAUAAUAGUCAUUUUGUUUUUGGCUUUC